UAUAAAUAAAAAAAUUGCAUCAAUUAUCAAUUAUAUCAGAAAAACAGAAAAUCGUGGAGAAAGUAAUGUCAAAACCCUAAGAAAAAUUAUUAAAAACAUAUAAAUAACAUUAAAUUAUCACGCAAAUAUGGAUUGUUAUUUCAAAUUUAUCAAGAAAAUGGGUAGGGAGAAUAGCUUUUAAGACGAGUUCAAUAAGAAAAGGGUAUUUGUUUACUCGAAAUAGGAAAAAAUGGCAAAAUUUGCUGAUUAUUUUAUGAUUUGUGGAUUAGAUUUUAACUCUGGUUUAGAACCGGAUAAAUAUUCAGAUAAUUUACAUGUAUCUCCUCUGGAAAGAUCCUAUAAAUGUAAAGUAUUAGCUCACUAUCCUGAGACGAAUAAAACCAAUCCAUUUGAUGAAUCUGCCGUAUGUAUGUUAGCAUUGCCAAGUGGUUUGAAGUUUCGGACACAGAAGCAUUCGGUCACUCAGGCUCCUAUUUUUCAUUCAUUUCUCAUUACAAGAGAAGAUAGCAAAAGACUUUAUGGAUUCAGUCUCACAUUUUAUGAAGAGGUUCGUAAUAGAGACAUUUGUACAGCAAUGCAAACGUUACAGGCUAUGUAUAUAACAGAAUUAUCAAGCGGUGUAAAAACUGAUCGACCGAUUCAACAAAUACAAAAUCAAGGCCCCCAGUCUCGAUCAUUACCUAGGCAUUUUAAACUAAGCACUCAAAACCCUAAUGGGGCAGCUCUCACAUACUAUGAUAUUACCAAAGAUAAACUAUUUGUGUCUAAAAGUAUUGGCAUUAUUUGUCAAGUUGCCUACGUUCAGUCAGCUAAAAUAUUUUUGGAAAAUCUAUACAGAUGUGCACCUAGAAAAUCUACCUCGAUAGCUGGUCUUACGUUAGAAAGUUAUGUAUUUAAUCUUUUGUAUGAGAUUGAAUUACCUCCGUAUGGGAAAAGUAUUUUGAUUCAUUUACCUCCCUCUGAUCCCCAUUUGCCUCCAACGACAGCAAUUUUACAAAAUCCCACUCCUCCUUUGGAGUUGCCUCACCUAGAUUACUCAUUAAGGUUAAUGUUUAGCUGGAUUAGUGUGGAUAUUAUUGUUCAACUAUUCACUUGUCUUCUCUUAGAAAAUCAGAUUUUAUUAAAGAGUGCAGAUUGCCAAAAACUGAUGGUGGUAGCCGAAGGAAUGACAUCUCUACUUUUUCCGUUUAGUUGGCCUCAUGUUUAUGUUCCUAUUUUACCAGCCGAAUUACAUCAUUUUCUUGAUGCUCCUGUGCCGUUUCUAAUGGGGCUGUAUGCGGCAUCGGAAAGCAUAAAAGUAGCAUCCGAGGCUAGUUUAUGCUACGUUGACAUUGAUAAAUGUAAAGUGCAGCUGCCAGAAGAACUACCGGUUUUCCCGCACUUAAAAGAAUUUGUUACCGAAGUGGCAGCUAUGUUGGAUAAAUAUGGAAUACACGUGCCAAAUUCUGAAAAUUCUAGAACUUGGGAUUCGAGCCCGAGAAGUUGUACGCUACCCGGACGACCUCAGCACCAAAGAAAACUCUCCAUACACAACGCUUUAGACUGUGAUAGGCCGCCGUCGCCGCCCGGGUCGGCCAGGUCCGAGGCGCUCCAAAGGAUAGCCGACAUAGUUAGACGUACGGGGGUGGCUUUAGAUAAGAACGACGCCUUCCAACCGCCAGAUAGUUAUCUGGAGGAUAUGCGAUUCAAUAACGCCAUAAGGGAGACGUUCUUGAACAGAUUCGUACAUAUAUUCCAGGCCUACGAGAACUUUGUGAUAUUUCCUACCAAUCAUAACAAAGAAGACUGGUUUAAUAAUAGAGACGAAAUGCAGAAUUUCGACAAAGCUUCGUUUUUGUCCGAUCAACCCGAGCAAGAUCGCUUGUUCCUCUGGAGGUUUCUGGAAUCUCAAAUGUUCGCCACGUUAAUAGACAACAAAAUUCUAUCCCAGUGGGGCGAACUGGACAAUAACCUCCUCAUAUUCGACAACAGAAUCAAAUUUCUAAGACAACGUUACGGAGGUGAAAAUUUAUUAAGAUCGGUCACCUACGAACCGUGCACUAUCAUUCACGACACUCAAAAACUCCUGGAACGCAGGUUCCAUCAUCCGGAUUUCGAGUCCCAGUUGCCGAGGGAAAUAAUGAACGUCAGGCCGAACCUAAGUCGGCAGUUUCCGGUGUUGAACAAGGAUGUCUUGAAUAAGACUCCGGUUGUUAGUAAGGGGAGCAUUCCUAGGGCGAGAGAGCUGAAGAAGGGUUACACGUUCGGGAAGCCGCCCAUCCCUACCUUAGAUAGAAAUGUAAAAGCGCAAAACAAGCAAGAUGUGUCGCCUGCUUUGCUUGCUCAAGCCAAUUGGACAUUCGUAGAAAAGUUACUAGCGGAUUGUAAGGCGAAAACAAAGCGCAUGCUUCUAGCUAAACUGGGUGCCGAAGGUGUGACAUUAUCUAGUAAUCUCUCGUCGGACAGUUUUGGUGCUGUCGAAGAAAAUACUUUGGUGGCAGCUCUGUGUGAUUUUUUGGAGCGCGUGUGGUCGCACGGUCUGCAGAAAAAACGAGGAAAGUCGGCUUUGUGGUCGCACUUGUUAAUUUACCAGGAAAAAUAUCAGGACAUGAACAAAAAGGACAACAAUUAUUUAACGGCAGACGUUUCUCGGUUAUCAACGAGCCUAGACAGUUGGCCCAGCCCGGGAUCAAAGUCAGAGUUACCCAGCCUAUCCAACACCAUAUUUUUCGAUAUUGCCAACGUGCAAUCGAUGCCCGAAGUCAAGACGGGCAUCGGCUUUGCCAGGGCCUGGGUCCGAUUGGUUCUCGAGAAAAAACUACUGUCGCGACAUUUCAGAACUUUGCUCACCGACCAACAACUCCUAAAAGACCUUUACAAACGCUCCGCUUUUUUACGUUGCGAAGAAGAGAAAGAACAAUUUUUGUACCACUUGCUCUCUUUGAAUGCCGUCGAUUAUUUCUGUUUUACCAGUACCUACCCUACGACGGUAGUACCGUACAGGAUUGUCAUCAUUACCAAUAAGAAAGGGGCUUAUACUUCUGCCAAUGUUUGGGUGGUACUAUCUGGAACUUUGUCGGAAACUCAGAGGAUCGCAGUGCCGAAGAAUACCUAUGACUUCGAAUGCAGGCAUCGAAAUAUUGGAGUUUUGACUACGUUGAGAAUAGGUCACGAUAAUUCCGGACUAUACACGAAACUUAUGGUGGAUUAUAUAUUGGUUAGGAACGAUAUUACAGGACACACCUAUAAGUUUACUUGCGGUAGAUGGUUAGGUCGAGGCAUAGAUGAUGGUUCGACAGAGAGACUUUUAGUGGGCAGUUUGAUGUCUUUUAGAAAAGAUGAGGAUGAGAAUCGACCAAUCGGCAGCUUAGGCAGGAGUACACCAAGAUCAAGAUCACCCGCACCUUCGCCCAAACAAGAUUUUAAAGUAUCCGAAUUACAGUGCAUGUUAGGUGAUUGUGUUAAUAACAUUGUAAAAUGGAAAUACACGAGAAACUCCGAAAGACACACAACUCUCGCAGCAUUACUCUGUGGUGAAGGUGGUCUGGUCCAUUGCCUCGAAAACAUCUUUCUGUUGGGUUUUAAGUCUGCCAGAUUAUUCAUGGGAAAAAAUUACCUGUGGGAUUAUUUCGUUCGCGUUAAAGACCAGUUUGAACAAGAAUUGAUAGACGAAUUAUCGGAAACCAGAACCACGUCGUUGGAGAAGAAUCAUCAGGAAACGGUAGCCGUUUGGAGAUGUUAUUGUCAUCUAAUCGAUGAAAUCAAGCAUUCCAGUAAAAAUUUGGGAAAGGAUGGGAAAUUCCAGCUUUUUAUUUGUUUAGGCGUCAGGGAGCACCUCCUUCACAGAAUGCUGGUACCCAUGUCUUCGAGUAGGGUAACUCAAGAAAUGUACGAGGAUAAUUCAUUCUUAAGAGAAAGAGGCCUAUUGACUUUUUUAACCCAAAUUCUGUGGCCUUUAGACGAACUGGACGUCGUCUUAGAGAACUCAGUUACCCAUGGCAUACCUUCUGCUUCCAAUCAUAAUUAAACAAUAAAUAUCAUGGCGCUGACAGCGAUUCCAAAUUUUACCAUUUUUUUUAAUCCCAAAUUGUUUGGUACUAUCAGCUAAAAUAGUCUGAAAAGAAUUAAGUAGAGUAAUAAUAUACAGGGUGGCGCACCUCAUC